GUGCGGAGUGAAUUUAGUUUCAACGGAAGUAGUGUCAAUAAUUUGUAGUGACAACAUUUUAACAGGAUGGUGUCGCUAAUUGCCCUCGUACUUCCAGCGAUUAUCGCUGUAGCUAAUUGUGAACUUGAUCCAAGGAUUGUAAAUGGCAAAACUGCAUAUUCAGGCCAAUUUCCUUAUCAAGUUUCUCUUCAAACACGAUCCACGUCAUUUCAUUUCUGUGGUGGAUCGAUUCUGAACGCAGACUACGUUCUUACAGCUGCCCACUGUGUAGAAAGUAAGAAAGUCUCAGAAAUCAAAGUUGUUGCUGGCACGACCAAUUUAGACAAACCGUAUUUAACACGCAAUGCCUCGUCGAUUUACUAUCACGCCAAGUAUAACAGUUCGGACUCGUGGAUAAACGAUAUCGCUUUGAUCAAGGUAAAACCUGCUUUCGUGAAGAGCUCUUUGGUAUCCUGGGUCCCCAUGCCAACCUACAGUGAUAAGGUUAAAGAAGACGACAAAGCUGUAGUCUCCGGAUUUGGCAGGCUCGCGUACAACGGCGACAGGACAAAGAUUCUGCACUGGGCCAACAUUACAAUUGCCAGUCAGACUUAUUGCAAAAACGUGUGGUCAAAGAAAAUUUAUAACGCACAACUGUGUGCAUAUGAUCCAAACGAAGUUAGAGGACACUGCAAGGGAGAUUCUGGUGGUCCUUUGACAGUGAACGGAAAACUAGCUGGAAUCGUGUCCUGGUCGAAGAACUGUGCCGACAGAGUAUAUCCUUCCGUGUACACUCGCGUCAGCAUGUACCUUGCUUGGAUAAAAACACACGCCGUGUAAAAUAUGUAAGAAACUGUAAAAAUAAUUACACAAUAGAACCUUGAUUAUUCUCUUUAAUUAUAUAGCCAACACUAUAAAUAAACGAUGAUCCAAGAAGAAAUUUUUUAAAGCAUGCUUACAAAAUUCGAUCGAAAUUAUUGAGUUUUUACCAAAAAUCAAGAUUCUGAACGAUCUAGAUCGCAAUAGACAGUGAUUCAAUUAAUCGGGAUUAUACUGUAUGCUUGCAUCUUUGUUUGAAACUGACGGAUACAAGAAAUUCAACUAAUUUCAACGUCAUUUUUAAAAACAGAACUUUACCUUUACUGAUAGUUUGUAAAAGAUUCGAAAAACAAUCCGGCGCACGCAGUAGAAGCGAAAGAAAUUUUUGCAAAACGACGAAUAACUUUAUUUUGUGUUUGUUUCAAUUUUAGCUAUAAAAGGAUACUCCGUGCAGUUGAAUUUGCGGGAAAAUUGAACUAGUCGAUUGCGUCUCGAUCAAAAAACGAAAUACCGGCUUGCGCAAAGCCCCGAAGCAGGUCCAUCAAAUUGUUGAACCGAAAAAUUCUGCGAAAUAGCUUCUAGGAAUAACGGUGUGUGCUUGUUCGGUCGAAAGAUUAAUAAAAGCGCAUGUUCCAGAGAAAGAAAAGAAGUUUUGAUCCGAAUAAAACCUUCGGCUAGCUACAAUACAAUAUUUCAAUAGGAAUUGGGUUGAAAUAUUCAUAAACGAUUUG